AUGGCCGCCCCCAAGCGCCCGAACUUCCUUGUCAUUGUUGCGGACGACCUGGGCUUCAGUGACAUUUCUCCCUUCGGCGGCGAGAUCAACACUCCCAACAUUGCGAAGCUCGCGCAAAAUGGCAUCCGUUUCACGGAUUUCCACGCUGCUGCGGCCUGCUCCCCGUCGCGUGCCAUGAUCAUGACUGGCACCGACCACCACAUUGCAGGCCUUGGAAACCUCAUUGAGUGGACCAACAUCAGCGGACAGAAUGACCCCAAGGGCGGCAUGUCAACAGCUCCUCAGCGCGGAAUGCCGGGCUACGAAGGCUACCUCAACGAGCGUGUGGCCGCGCUGCCCGAGAUCCUUCGUGACGCCGGCUAUUUGACCCUCAUGGCGGGAAAGUGGCACCUGGGCCUGACUCCCGAACGCUCCCCCAAGGCUCGUGGCUUCGAACGUAGCUUUGCCCACCUUCCCGCGUGUUCGAACCAUUAUGCAUACGAGCCCCAGCUCCAGUCUCCUGAUAAGAUCCCCGAGUUCAUGACCAUGAGCUUCAUCGCGCUACACAGUGAGGAUGGGAAUUACGUGAAGAAGCUGCCCGAUGGCUGGUACAGCAGCGACGGCUACGGUGACAAGAUGCUGCAAUACUUGAAGGAGAGAAAAGAGAGCGGCGACGAGCGUCCUUUCUUUGGUUACUUCCCUUUCACUGCUCCCCAUUGGCCGCUUCAGGCGCCCAAGGAGUACAUUGAGAAGUACAAGGGUGUCUACGACGAUGGCCCGGAUGCUCUUCGCCUGAAGCGGCUGCAGCGUCUCAAGGACUUGGGAAUGAUCCCCCAGGAUGUUGAGCCCCAUCCAGUGGUUGCGGAAGAGGUGAAGGAGUGGAACGAUUUGACGCCCGAAGAGAAGGCCAAGUCCUGCCGCGCCAUGGAAGUGUUUGCUGCCAUGGUUGAAUGCAUUGACGUAAACGUCGGCAAGGUCGUUGACUACCUACGCGAGACUGGCGAGCUGGACAACACGUUUGUCUGCUUCUUGUCCGAUAACGGUGCCGAAGGCGCUGCCUACGAGGCCUACCCCAUGGUCCAAGGCAGCAUGCUCCAGCACCUCAAGAAGUACUACAACAAUUCGCUCGACAACCUUGGCGCCGGAGACUCGUUCAUCUGGUACGGUCCGCGCUGGGCUCAAGCUGCGACGGCGCCCUCACGCCUGUACAAGGCCUACACCACUGAAGGUGGAGUGCGUGUUCCCUGUGUCGCGCAAUUCCCCAAGAACUUCCAAGCGACGGAACGCAAUGGUAGCAUCACAGACGCAUUCGCCACCGUUAUGGACCUCGCACCCACCAUACUCGACAUGGCUGGUGUCAAGCACCCAGCCCCGACUUUCCAAGGACGGGAAGUCGUGAGCAUGCGUGGCAAGUCGAUGCUACCGUUCGCCAAAUCCACAGAUACGCCCCGCAUCCACGCUGAGGAUUUUGUCAACGGCUGGGAAACAUGUGGUCGUGCCGCGUGCCGCAAGGGAGACUGGAAGAUCGUUUACAUCCCCAAGCCUAAGGGUCCCGAGCGCUGGCAGCUGUACAACCUGCGCGCGGACCCAGGCGAGGUGCACGACUUGGCGGAGAAGGAGCCUGAGAAACUCAAGGAGCUGUUGAAGCUGUGGGAUGACUACGUCCUGGAGACAGGUGUCAUCCCGCUCGCGCCGGAGCUGGGUCACUUCCUGAAGGCGACGGAAGAGCAGAUGCCGGAGAAUGCGUGGAUGGAGUAUGAAUACUGGAAGGAUGGUGCGCGUGACGACGAGACCAGGCACCAGUUCUUCAAGAACCCACCUAGGUUCAAGAGGGAGGUAAAGCAGUUCUAA